AGCGCCGCCGGCCCGGGCACAAGCCAGUGGUGGUUGGCGUCGCUCCUUCGCUGUUGUUGGGUCGAUAGGGCGCCAGGCCGUUGACGGCGAGCUUAUGGGAACUAAAGAAGAGUUUGUUAAAGUCCGGAAGAAGGAUCUGGAACGGCUGACGACUGAAGUGAUGCAAAUACGGGACUUCCUACCCAGGAUACUAAAUGGGGAAGUACUGGAAAGCUUCCAGAAAUUAAAGGUUGUAGAAAAAAAUCUAGAAAGGAAGGAGCAAGAAUUAGAGCAACUGAGAAUGGAUUGUGAGCACUUUAAAGCACGCCUGGAGACUGUGCAAGCCGACAGCGUGAGAGAGAAGAAGGAGAAACUGGCUCUUCGCCAGCAGCUGAAUGAAGCGAAGCAGCAACUUCUGCAGCAGGCAGAGUAUUGCACAGAGAUGGGGGCAGCAGCCUGCACUCUGCUCUGGGGCGUCUCCAGCAGUGAGGAGGUCGUCAAAGCCAUUCUGGGAGGAGAUAAAGCUUUGAAGUUUUUCAACAUCACUGGUCAGACAAUGGAGAGUUUUGUGAAGUCACUGGAUGGGGAUGUCAAGGAGCUCGAUUCUGAUGAAAAUCAGUUUGUUUUUGCUUUGGCUGGAAUUGUGACAAAUGUUGCUGCCAUAGCCUGUGGUCGUGAAUUCCUGGUUAACUCCAGCCGGGUGCUCUUGGACACCAUACUGCAACUUCUGGGAGACUUGAAGCCAGGACAGUGCACCAAACUCAAAGUGCUAAUGCUGAUGUCCCUGUACAACGUGAGCAUCAAUUUGAAAGGCUUGAAGUACAUCAGUGAGAGCCCAGGGUUCAUUCCUUUGCUGUGGUGGCUUCUGAGUGAUCCAGACGCAGAGGUGUGUCUUCAUGUUUUGCGACUUGUCCAGUCAGUGGUUCUGGAGCCAGAAGUCUUCUCCAAGUUGGCCUCUGAGCUCCGGAGCUCCCUGCCCCUGCAGCGCAUCCUGGCCAUGUCCAAGAGCCGCAACCCCCGCCUGCAGGCCGUGGCGCAGGAGCUCCUGGACGACCUCCGAGCUCUGGAGUGUGAUGCGUAG